AUGCUCGACUGGCAAUCUCGCGCCCAUGAGCCUACGGCUCCCAGUUCUCCUUCAACUCGCUCGCGCUCACUAUCAAACCGAGCCUCCUCCGCGCAACCCACACAGCCACCCGAACCCACUCCCGCCCGCAAAUUCGACACAGAUGCUUCCAUAGUGCUAGUGGGGAUCCGGGGCUGCGGCAAACGCUCCCUUGGUUUCGUCGCAGCCACGGCCCUUAAGCGACGCUUUAUAACAGAAGAUCACUAUUUCAAAGAGGUUACUGGAAUCACGCGCCAUGAAUACUUGAAGACCCGUGGAAGUCAAGAAUUCCAGCGCAGAGACAUUGAAGUCUUGAAACAGAUGUUGGAUAAUCAUAAGUCAGGUUGCGUGAUCGAGUGUGGAUUGGGAAGCUUGACUCGGCCUGUUCAGGAUCAUUUACGCCAUAUAUCCAAGACCAAUCCCGUGGUCCACAUUCUCCGUGACAUCGAUCAUAUUCAGCAGCUGCUAGGGUUGGAAGAUCAGUCCAUACGACUACUACGGGAAGGAGAUCCGCUGCACCGAACAUGCUCUAACUUUGAGUUCUAUAACCUGGAGGAUCGCACGCGCGUUAUCGCAGAUGACGGAAGCCCCGACCCGAGAUCGGCAGCUUAUUCUUUCAAACUACAAGACGUGAAGGAGGACUUGACUCGCUUUGUCCAUUUUGUCACUGGCGCCGACGCACACCAAUCCAGCUAUGACUCGCCAUUUGCGUUACUAGAAACCCCUCCGGAGCUCCGUUCCUAUACUCAUGCUAUUCAUGUUCGAUCCUCAGACCUCAUCGAUGACAAUGUGACUCUGGCCGAGUUGGAGUCUGGAGGAGAUGCAAUCGAACUCUGUAUUGACCGUUGGGGUCCUGAUAUGGCCCAGGUUAUCAGUCAACAGGUCGCGGUUUUGCGUCGCAACGCGCGUACGCCUAUUAUGCUCUCCAUAGACAUAACAACCUCCGGUUUAGGUCGAGCAGAUCAAUCGUCAUCAUCCUAUUUCGAUAUCCUGGAGCAUGGUCUGCGGAUGGCAGUUGAAUACUUGGUCGUGGAUCUUGGACAAAACCGAACUCAACUUUCGCAAAUCAUUCGCGCACGCGGUAAUACAAAGAUAAUUGGUCAGCAUAUAUUUGAGGCAUCAUCACGGGUGAAAUGGACGGAUGAAGGCUGCGUUACUCUGUAUAAUGAAGCUGAGAAGGUAGGGUGUCAGAUUGUACGACUUCUGCGCGUUGCAACUAGCCGCGACGACAAUGCGACCGUCCUUGAGUUUACAAAUAAGAUUCGCGCCUUACCAGGCGACCGGGCCCCUUUGAUUGCUUAUAAUGUUGGACGCCUUGGACGAACAUCUCAAGUCUUCAAUUCGAUUUUGACCAGUGUCACACAUCCAGCCAUUACGCGACCGACAGAAAAUGAGCGCGAUGCCCAGAUCACGUCCCGUGAUGCUAUGAAAGCUCUUUUCCAGAGCUAUGUGCUUGAUCCCUUGAAGUUCUGCAUUCUUGGCUCAAGUGUAGCUUACAGUCUUUCUCCGCCUAUGCACAAUGGCGCCCACCAGCAUUCGGGUAUGAGCCAUACUUAUAAAAUCCCUGAAUCGCCUUCCCUAGCCAUAUUGGAUGAAUUACGACUUGAUCCUAAUUUCGGUGGUUCGAGUGUCGUACAACCCUGGCGAGUGGAACUUUACCAUAAAUUGGCGGCUAAAAGCCGACAUGCUGAGGCUAUCGGGGCCAUCAAUACUAUUAUGCCGCUUCGAGGCCCUUCUGAAGGAGGGAUGUACUCGCUCCAGGAACAAGCUAGUCGACGCAACCAGGCAGGUCCGGUGCUCGGAUGGUAUGGAGAGAAUACAGAUUGGGCUGGUAUCGUGACUUGCAUCAAUCGUCAUCUAUCUCCUCGAAAUGCGAUCAGCGCAAAAACGACAGCCUUGGUGGUCGGAGCGGGAGGUAUGGCUCGAUCUGCUAUUUAUGCUAUGCUUCGCUUGGGAUGUCGCAAGAUCUUCAUUUACAAUCGCACUCAAUCCCGAGCUGAAGAGGUUGCACGCCACUUUAAUUCGUGGGCGUCGUCUCAGGUGGACUCUGUCGAUGUUGUUCGAGUCUUGAAGUCAACACAGGAUGACUGGCCUGAUGAUGCCAACCCGCCAAGUCUGAUUGCAUCAUGUGUGCCGGCUGAUCCAGACCAAGCUGAGCCGCCUGCAAACUUUGAAAUGCCUCUUCAGUGGCUUGGGAGUACUACAGGAGGUGUUGUGCUUGAGCUUGCUUAUAAACCCCUUGAUACCCCUCUGUUAAAACAGAUGCGUCGGAUCAGAAACGACACUGGCCGUUCUUGGGUACUCUCUGAUGGAUUGGAGAAUGUUAUUGAGCAGGGUAUUGCACAGUGGGAGUUGAUGACGGGUCGCAAAGCGCCUAGGCGGUUGAUGACAUUAGAGGUUCUACGCAACUACGAGGGUGACAAUGGACGAUUUGAUGAGAAGACAAUACAGGCUCGACUGGACGGUUUUUGCUCAUAG